AUGGUAUCCCAGAUAGACGAUUCGACAUUCUGCACAAUGAACGACGACGCCCCCACCAAGAUUGCGAGUAGCUGCGGCAGCUCGCCAGACCUUACAAUUGCCAGCGCUGGUCUGAUCAAUAGCAUAUCAUGGCGACCUAUGCUAACACUAGCAUCAGACCAUCUACCCAUAAUCAUCUCGAUCAAUAAGCCCACCGGCUUUGCUCCCGCGGACCACCGAACCUACACCAACUUAAACAAAGCUGAUUGGGACGGCUCCGCCGCUCUUCCCACACCCACAAACGUACAUGCUGGCAAAUGCCAGUUCCGCAGAGUAGUCACUGCCGCAGCGGCUCGCUUUAUCCCGUCCGGACGUAUCGCGAAACUCCGCCCAAAUUUCCCGGCCGAAGCAGCUGUACUAGCAAAUGAGCGUGACCACCUACACCAGGUCGAUCCCGGGGACCCUUGUCUGAGGGACCUUAAUUUGGAGAUUCGGAAACUGGUAAAUCAGCACAAGCGGAAAAAGUAGUAGGAGCACUUGAAGGCAUGUAACUUCACAUCUGGUGUGAGUAAGCUCUGGUCAACCGUGAGGUCCUUGUGUAACCCAACGAAGCGUGGUAAAAGAGUGGAAAUCUCAUUCGAUGGUCGCGUUUCAUACACUCGUGGCCUAAAUCGAAACCGCCCCUGUGAGAGAACGGUCCUAGUAGCGCCGGACUUUUCAAAGGCGUUUGACACCGUCUGCUAUUCCACGCUGCUGGAAGACGUUGAGGCCUCCUCACUCCUACAGGGACUGAAGCGAUGGUCGGCGAAUUAUAUGAGUGGUCGACAGUCGUCAGUAAUCUUCCGAGAUAAAACCUCAAAACAAAGAAGAAUUAACCAAGGGGUUCCACAAGGUGGUGUUCUCUCUCCCUUAUUAUUUAACUUCUACAUCUCGAAGCUUCCCCAGCCACCUGAGUAAGUCUCCCUGAUCUCAUACGCUGACGAUUGCUGAAUUUUGGCGUCCGGGAAUGGAAUUGAUGACCUCUGCUCAAUAGCAAACGACUAUCUCUCCAGUCUUUCUCACUUCUUCACUGCAAGGAGCCUAACACUCUCCCCAACGAAAUCAACGGCGACCCUCUUCACUACCUGG